AUGGCCAAGGUCCGGGAGCUGGAGGACGCCUUUCUGCAAGUUCAUCCUUCGCCCCAACUCUCCCCCGAGACCCAGGAGGAGUGCUGUGUGCAGCUCCUGGACAAGGACUUGCUCGUCUAUCCCGAAGAAAGAGCAUACCUGGCGACCGAAGCGCAGCCUAGGAGCGCACUGGGGAGCCUGGAGAAAGGGGAAGACCCGGAGCUGCUCGGGGGAGUUAAACCAGAAAUGUAUUUAAGCAAUGGUAACUUUUCUUCUGAAGAAGAGGAUGCAGAUAACCACGACAGCGAAACCAAAGCAACCAAUCAACACAUCUCUCAGAAGAAAACCAUCACGCAGAUUAUGAAGGAUAAAAAGAAGCAGACUCAGCUCACGCUGCAAUGGCUUGAAGAAAAUUACAUUGUGUGUGAAGGAGUUUGCUUACCAAGGUGCAUCCUGUAUGCACACUAUUUAGAUUUCUGCAGGAAAGAGAAAUUAGAGCCAGCCUGCGCUGCCACCUUUGGAAAGACAAUUCGCCAGAAAUUUCCCCUCCUAACAACACGGCGGCUUGGAACAAGAGGCCAUUCAAAGUAUCAUUACUAUGGGAUUGGCAUCAAAGAGAGCAGUGCAUAUUACCACUCCGUUUAUUCUGGAAAGGGCCUGACAAGGUUUUCUGGGAGCAAGCUGAAGAAUGAGGGUGGUUUCACUCGUAAGUAUUCACUUAGUUCAAAAACAGGAACACUUCUUCCAGAAUUCCCCAGCGCUCAACACCUUGUGUACCAGGGAUGCAUUUCGAAGGACAAGGUUGAUACACUCAUUAUGAUGUACAAAACUCACUGCCAGUGUAUCCUGGACAAUGCAAUUAAUGGAAACUUUGAGGAGAUCCAGCACUUCUUAUUACACUUUUGGCAAGGAAUGCCUGAUCAUCUUCUUCCUCUACUUGAAAAUCCUGUUAUCAUUGACAUUUUCUGUGUUUGUGACUCAAUUCUUUAUAAGGUUCUUACAGAUGUACUCAUUCCUGCAACAAUGCAAGAAAUGCCUGAAAGUUUAUUAGCAGACAUAAGAAAUUUUGCUAAAAAUUGGGAACAGUGGGUUGUUUCAUCCUUGGAAAACUUGCCAGAAGCCCUAACUGACAAAAAAAUACCCAUUGUGCGAAGAUUCGUAUCUUCUCUGAAACGGCAAACGUCUUUCUUGCAUCUUGCUCAGAUUGCAAGACCAGCUCUCUUUGACCAGCAUGUUGUGAAUUCUAUGGUAUCUGAUAUUGAAAAAGUUGACUUGAAUAGUAUCGGAUCUCAGGCCCUUCUUACCAUUUCUGGUAGCACAGAUGCUGAAUCUGAUAUUUACAGUGAACAUGACUCUAUCAUCGUGUUCCAAGAACUGAAGGAUCUCCUUAAGAAGAAUGCCACGGUGGAGGCUUUUAUUGAAUGGUUGGAUACAGUGGUAGAACAGAGAGUUAUUAAGACAAGCAAACAAAAUGGAAGAUCAUUAAAGAAGAGGGCCCAGGACUUUUUGCUGAAGUGGAGCUUUUUUGGUGCUCGAGUUAUGCAUAACCUCACCUUGAACAAUGCAUCAAGUUUUGGUUCUUUCCAUUUGAUCCGAAUGCUUCUUGAUGAAUACAUUCUCCUGGCCAUGGAGACUCAGUUUAAUAACGACAAAGAACAGGAGUUACAGAAUUUAUUGGACAAGUAUAUGAAGAAUUCAGAUGCAAGUAAAGCUGCCUUCACUGCCUCGCCAAGCUCAUGCUUUCUGGCCAAUCGUAAUAAAGGAAGCUCGGUUUCCAGUGACACUGUGAAGAACGAAAGCCAUGUGAACACGGUCUGCCUUCCUCUGUCAUCCAGUCACCCUGGAGCCCUACCCGCUGCUCUUCACCCCUUCCCUGCUGGGAACACAGAUAAUCUGCCACUCACAGGUCAAAUGGAGCUUUCACAGGGUACUGGGCAUUUGAUGACACCACCUAUUUCUCCAGCCAUGGCAAGUCGAGGAAGUGUUAUUAACCAAGGGCCAAUGGCAGGGAGACCCCCAAGUGUGGGCCCAGUACUCUCAGUUCCAUCACACUGCUCAACAUACCCGGAAACCAUUUAUCCUACUCUCUCUCAAAACAACCAUGACUUUUAUGGGACCAACUCUAACUAUCAGACUGUGUUUAGGGCACAGCCCCACCCGACACCAGGACUCUAUUCUCAUCGUGCUGAGCAUGGCCGAUGCAUGGCCUGGACUGAACAGCAGCUUUCUAGAGAAUUCUUCAGUGGCAGCUGUGCUGGGUCUCCAUAUAAUUCUCGGCCACCUUCCAGCUAUGGACCAUCCUCACAUGCCCAAGAUUCACAUAGUAUGCAGUUUUUAAAUACAGGAAGCUUCAAUUUCCUGAACAACACAGGGGCUGCCAGCUGCCAAGGGGCAACACUGCCUUCUAAUUCACCUAAUGGAUACUACGGAAGCAAUAUAAACUACCCGGAGUCUCAUAGGCUUGGAUCAAUGGUGAAUCAACACGUUUCUGUCAUCAGCAGCAUCCGCUCACUUCCUCCCUACAGUGACAUACAUGAUCCACUUAACAUUUUAGAUGACAGCAGUAGAAAGCAGACCAGUUCAUUCUAUGCAGACACAUCAUCUCCAGUUGCAUGUCGGACUCCAGUAGUAGCUUCCAGCUUGCAAACCCCAAUUCCUUCUUCUUCAUCCCAGUGUAUGUAUGGAACUUCCAAUCAGUAUCCAGCACAAGAAACUUUGGACUCCCAUGGAGCAAGCAGUAGAGAAAUGGUGUCCUCUUUGCCACCCAUCAACACUGUGUUUAUGGGAACAGCAGCUGGAGGCACUUAA